ACUACCGUAGGCACGAGUGAUAAACGGAACUUUAUUAAGCAAAUGUUUCCGGCUAUUUUGGAUGAGCAUAUUGGAAAUUCUCGAGAUACUAGUUUUGAACAAAUGAUAAUGCAGCAAACGAAAGGUCGCGGCGUCGACAUCGUCUUAAAUUCAUUGGCUGAAGAAAAAUUACCUGCGUCUGUUCGUUGUUUGGCGCAAAACGGUCAUUUUUUGGAGAUCGGCAAAUUUGAUCUUGUUUCUAACAAUCCUCUAGGUAUGUCAGCGUUUCAGAAAGGUAUUAGUUUUCAUGGAAUUCAACUCGAUAAUAUGUUCACUGGAGACAAUCUCAUGUAUAAAUCUCUGUUAUCAAAAAUGGUAACCGAUGGUCUUAAUAAUGGAACUGUAAAACCACUCCAAGUAAAAAUUUUUCCAAAAACAGAUAUCGAAGAAGCUUUUAGAUAUAUGGCAAGUGGAAAACAUAUGGGAAAAAUAAUUAUAAAUAUCCAAGAAAAGGAUAAACCUUUAGACAAUCACAUUCUCGCAUAUCGUCGCUAUUAUUGUCACAAGGAUAAAAGUUACAUUAUACUAGGCGGACUAGGUGGAUUUGGCUUAGA